ACAGGUCAGAGUCGAGUCAAGGUCACCAUGGCGACCCUGCAGCAGGCGGUGACGGAGGCCCUGGAGGAGCAGCUGGAACCCCUCAACACCGCCCUUAGGCUCAUCCGCCUCGACGCCUUCGCAGAGAACAUCCAUCGACAGCUGGGGACCAUGGAGCACAUCCAGAGUAAACUUCUGACGGAGUACGGCGAGCUGAGGGCGUCUGUGGGCGAGGUCGGGAGGAACACGCUGGAACUCAGCAGGCAAGUUGCAGGUCUCGACAGCCGAGUGGCAGCGCUUGACAGGACACUCAGCCGUCGGCGCGGAGGGGACGACCUUGUCUCCGACCGCCUUGACAGCGACGACUACCCUCAGGCCGGAGUGAACCACGACCUCUCCGACGUCACCGAAGCUGUACGUGAGGCGGUGACUUCCAUCAGCAGCAGACUCCAGGCCACCGAGAGGCGGUUCAAGGAGGACCUGGCGACCCUCGAGAACCGGACGACGGAGGCCCUCAAGAAGUCCCACGCCGACCUCGACCGCCGCAUCGCCAUCGCCGGACUCGACAGCGUCCUCAUCCUCAACACGCUGGACAAGCUGGCCAACAAGACGUGCGCCGCAGGAUCUCAGGACCGCAGGAGCGCCAACGCCCACCAGGGGGUCCGCGGAGACACGCCCGCACGCCCGCGCCCUCACCGUACCCACGUCGAGGAGGACGCCGAGGGAGUGGCCCAGGAUGAGCUGGCUUACUUCCCCGCCGAGGAGGAGGAUCAGGUUCCCACAAGCGGUUCCUCGGGCGAGCGCGUGAGGACGUGGCUCAUCCGGGAGAGCGGCCGCCCCGUCACCGAAGUGCAGACCCUCAACCUCGGGAUGGUCAGUCGUCUGGCUUCCGAGAUCGCUAAGCAGAUGGCCGAGGGUGACCUAGACGCCAACCAGCCCCGUGACUGCGCCGCCGUGGCCGCUGCAGGAGAAACGACCAGCGGCGUCUACACGAUCUUCCCCGCGUCGUGCACAGCCAGGUUCUCGGUGCAGGUCUGGUGUGAGCUGGAGGAGGACGACAACGCGUGGACGGUGCUUCAGAGGCGUGGCUCCAGGACCUCCGAGAUGCCUCACCCCGUCGUCGACUUCUUCAGGGACUGGGCCGAGUACAAGUGGGGCUUCGGUGACCUCGAGGGCGAGUACUGGCUGGGCAACGAGUACAUCCACCAACUGACGCAAUCCGGAGACUACGAGCUACGAGUCGACCUGCUAGACUGGGCCAACGAGACUCGCUGGGCUACCUACAAGCACUUCUCACUCAGCAACGAGGAUCACAACUAUACACUCAGCCUUGGAGACUACGAAGGCACAGCUGGUAAUUCCCUCAAGUACCACCAGGGGGCUCCCUUCAGCACCAGGGACAGGGACAACGACUUCAACCCCCGAGGCCACUGCGCCCGGACCUUCCACGGCGCCUGGUGGUUCACUGCCUGCCAUGAGUCCCACCUGAACGGCCGCUACCACCACGGGCGCCACAAGAGCUACGGCGACGGAAUCAACUGGAUGGCCUUCAGAGGACACAACUACUCCCUGAAAUUCUCCAGGUUGAUGAUCAGGCGCACCAACCUCUAAGGGCGCUUCGGGAAGGUCGCUUCAUCUUACAA